GGCAGUUUUUUUUGUCUUAACUGACUAUGUGUGACUAAAAGGCCGAGUUUUACCUGCAACCCAGCCUCUGAGAAUAUGGCCCAAUUCCUUCAUAGAAGAGUAGUGGUCUUAAGGAAAUAAUAGUAUUAAAAUGUUUAUUUCUAUGCCCAAGAAAAGACAUUAGCAAAAUCUAUAGUCAACAACAGAUGAUUGAUAGCACCUCUAUUUUUUGUGUCAUGAUAUUCCCGUGGGAACCCUUCUGUGUUUUGGAAACAAUCAAAUAAACCUUUGAGCACACCUCCGGCAUGCUGAAAACAGCAAUCCAUGUGUGUCCAGUGGGUGGCACAGCUUGGUGAACUGGUGCUCUUCGUCCUUCUGGUCGCUCCGGCAGCUCUGAAACCUGCAAUGCCUCCCGUGAUCAAGGACCAUCCUUUCAACGUUUUCUGGGCCGCCCCUACUUUGUUUUGUAAAGAUAAUUUCAAUGUAAAUAUGAAUCUUCAGGUAUUUAACAUCAUCCCGAAUCCUUUCGAAACGCAGAGUGGAUCCACUAUUGCCAUAUUUUAUCCAAAGGAACUCGGGUAUUACCCUUAUUUCUCUGAAGAUGGAACAUCCUUCUAUGGUGGAAUUCCUCAGAAAGUGAACCUCUCCGAGCACCUCAGGAAAAGUGCCGGCGACAUUGCGGAUGCUGUGACUUUGUGGAGAUCGGAAGGACUUGCUGUUAUAGACUGGGAAGGCUGGAGGCCCCAGUGGGACAGGAAUUGGGGCAGUAGAAUGAUAUAUAAAAACCAUUCGCUAGCCUUCACUCGACACCACCAUCCUGACUGGGCAGAAACAAAAGUGAGAACAGCUGCCCAGAAAGAAUUUGAAAAUGCUGGAAGAAGUUUUAUGAACGUUACUCUCACGUUGGCUUUAGAAAUGAGACCAAAGCGUUUAUGGGGCUUCUAUCUCUAUCCAGAUUGCUACAAUUACGAUUACCGGAUAAAUCCAGAGUUCUACACAGGAAGUUGCCCAGAUGAUGAAAUUUUUCGCAAUGACCAACUCAUGUGGCUAUGGGAAAAAAGUGCAGCACUUUAUCCUUCCAUAUAUUUGAGUAAAAUAUUAAAAUCAAACUUAAAUGCACUGAAAUUUGUUCAUUUUCGAGUGAGAGAAGCCCUGAGGGUUGCCAAAAUGGCUAGAAAGGACUAUGCUUUGCCAGUUUUCAUUUUUUCCAGACCAUUUUAUUUGCAAAGUAUUGAAGCUCUCUCAGAGGAGGAUUUAGUGCACACAAUUGGCGAAAGUGCUGCAUUGGGAGCAGCAGGAAUAAUAUUGUGGGGAGGAUAUGAAUAUUCGGAUACAAAGGAGACUUGCUUAUCUGUGCAACAAGCUGUUCAUGGGCUAUUGGGCCCCUAUGUUCUCAAUGUAACAUCGGCAGCAAAGCUCUGUAGUCAAAAUCUAUGUAACAGUCAUGGAAGAUGUGUACGGAAGACACCUGAAUCCUCCUUUUAUCUGCAUAUGCCUGAGGAUAGCCACAAGAAUUAUGUGUCAAAGAAGGGUUUCAGAUUUGUCAUUCCCUCCCCAAGUAAGUUGAAGACAAUAAUGAAUAUGAAGAAUGGAUUUGUGUGCCACUGUUACUAUGGCUGGCAUGGAGACUCCUGCAGAUCUCACUCUCCAAAUCUCGAAAAGAACAAAGCUCCUGCAAGUGGAUUGAAUUCAGCAGUUAUUGUUGGCAUGGCCUUAUUUGUGAUUCGGAUGAAUUAUUUUCCUAUUCACUACUACAAUGGCAAUUUUUCCUUAAAAACACUUAAGAGAAGAAAAAUUAUCUUUCUUUGAUUUCAAGCAUUUUCUAAAGAAUGUUUAGUUUUAAGUUUCAUACAAAUUGUUGGAUGUUAACUUCAUGCUGGGCAAUAGGAAUAGACCUGUCCUCUUGGAUCUUAGAAAUUAAGAAUAAAUAAUCAGUAAAUAGACACAUGUGAUAGCGAUAGAAGUUUGUAGAAUAAAGAGAAAACAGGUUUAAGGUAUUAGGAAGUACUAGAGAGCACUGGAAAUUGUAUAAAGAUUGUCACAUAAGGCCUUUAUAGUGAGAAAAUCAGAUAACAGAUGAAUUAGGUCAACACUAUCAGGGAGCGAGAUAUCAGUUUCCUCCUAUAAUCUGAGCACCUGGAAGGCAGAGAUCCAUUACAAAUUCAAAGCCAGCUUGGCUUACAAACUGAGCUAAAGUCAGUCAAGACAACAUAGUGAAAGUUUUGUCUUCAAAAAGGAAAGUAGAAGCAAAAUGGCAAAGAUCCAAAAGAACGAAUCUGGGGAAAGAGUUCUUGAAAUAAAAAGGAGCAAACCCAGAAGAGACAACUCUGCAUUUCAGGGCUUGUAAACUUUUAAAUAACAAGCAACACAACAAUAGCAAAACAGCAGCAGCAGCAGCAGCAGCAGCAGCAGCAGCAACAACAACAAUGAUACCACUAGGAUACUCACCUAUGGAGAUGAAAAUGACUCUUCCAAUGGUUUCAUCAAUGAUUAGCUUUAUCCAGAGGACAUUUGGUUCAUCAAUACCAAAAGAGAACUCUACCAGCUUCCUACACAAUAGGAUUUAUGUCAGAAAUUCUUUUGUUUGAUACUUUUUGGUUUAUUGAAAUAUACUAU